AUGCCCGACAUCGCAGCCAUCACUGCCAACCAGACUGUACCGAAGUAUAGCUACAACGGCCUGAAGCGGUACCAUCCCGGAAACUCUUCACUUGUCGGCCGUUCAAGCUACUGCGACAAGUCUUGUCCCACGUCCGCCACACUGACUUGGGGCGAGACGGACAGCGGCGGGAAGGGUAUCUUCAUCACCAACGCUGCCUCGGACUGGCGUGGCUUCUACAUCUACCAGAACUGCUGCGACGAUGUCCCCCUGCCCAGCGACUUUGAGGGCCGUGUCCAGCGCGGUGUUGAUAGCACCAUGCUUGACGGCAGCUCUCAGAUCCUGGGAACGUGGUUUGAGUUUAGCUGGGACUCUAGCGGCAACGCCUGGGGCGACGUCUCCCUCAUCCGCGGCUGUGACGGCGCCGUGCUGAUCUGGGACAAGGACAAUGGCGACUCGUGGAUGGGAUUCACGCAGUGGAUCCUCACUGGCGCUCCAACUGGUGCGUAUGACAUGAUGAAUGAUGGCCAGUGGGUGCUGGCUGCGUCCGAGAAGCUGGGCGACUCCUCUGAUGUCAACACGGUGGUGCGCGACUGGUACAUUGACAAGGUCGGCACCGACCGGGUGUAUGUUGACGACUGGCACGGCAACGGUGCUGUUAUGAAGUCUCCUACCGGCCGCAUUGCCACGUACUGGCCCGACGGUCGUGCUUAG